AUGGCCAAGGACGUCUUCUCCGUUCCCGUCUUCCUCAUCGUCUUCCGCGAGACGAUCGAGACGGCCAUCAUCGUCUCCGUCCUGCUUGCCUUUCUCAAGCAGACUCUCGAUGGCCCCAACCGCAAUGUCCGCGUCUACAAGAAGCUGAGGCGCCAGAUCUGGGCCGGCGUCGGCGCAGGCUUCUUCGUAUGCAUGAUCAUAGCCGCCGCCGUCAUCGGCACCUUCUACACCGUCGGCAGCAACGCGUGGGAAAGCAAGGAGGGAUACUACGAGGGUGCCUUCUGCCUCAUCGCCGCCCUCAUCAUCACCGUCAUGGGUGCCGCGCUUCUCCGAGUCGGCAAGAUGCAGGAGAAGUGGCGCGUCAAGCUCGCCAAUUCCUUCGAGAAGCCCGUCAAGGCCGGCUCCAGCGGUUGGAUCUCGCACUAUGCCGAAAAGUACGCCAUGUUCAGCUUGCCCUUCAUCACGGUCUUGCGUGAGGGUGUCGAGGCCGUCAUCUUCGUCGCCGGCGUCUCCUUCUCGGCCCCUGCCUACGCCGUUCCCCUGCCCGUCGUCGUCGGUCUUCUCCUCGGAUCCUUCAUCGGCUGGCUGCUCUACAAGGGCGGCUCCUCCGCCAGGUUGCAGGUCUUCCUCGUCGCCUCCACCUGCCUCCUCUACCUCGUCGCCGCCGGCCUGUUCUCGCGCGCCGUGUGGCACUUUGAGGCGCAGAAAUGGAACGAAGCUGUCGGUGGCGACGCGACCGAGACCGGCAGCGGACCGGGCUCCUACGACAUCGGCAAGAGUGUCUGGCACGUCAACUGCUGCCAGCCCAACGGUGCCAACGCUGGCGGCUGGGGCAUCUUCAACGCCAUCCUCGGCUGGACCAACUCGGCCACGUACGGAUCCGUCAUCGCCUACAAUGUCUACUGGAUCUUCGUCAUCGUCAUGUUCAUCGUUUUGCGUUGGCGUGAGACAAAGGGCCGCUGGCCGCUCGUCGGCGGUGCCACCAAGGCCAAGGGCUCCUUCGACGCUGCUAGCGACAGCGCAAGGGACAGUCGCGAGAACGACAACGGUGUCGACGGCAAGAACGCUGGACUGGAGAGGACAACCACCGCGGCCGCUUGA